GGAAAUUAAUGUUGCUGGUGGUGGAAAGCGGUUGAUUUUUUUUUUGGGUUUCGGAGGAAGCCAGGAGUGCAAGAAGCAGGAGGCACACGAUCGACGUAUAAAACUCCUGUUGCGGACUGAAAGCAAGUCAGUAGUCUGCGUUCGGUGAAUGUGCGAGAACUGUUUUGGGAGAGCCGCAGACACAGACAGAGAGGAGAGUGCGAAGCAGCAACAGCAACAGAUUUACCUUUAAAUCCAUAAAAAAAUAAAUAUAUUAACUUGAAGUAUGGAGAACAGCGCAUCGUCGAAUCGGGAAAACGGUGUUGUUAAGUCGAAGAAACCGGGUCCGCUUUUGGCCAGAAGUUGGUCCGAGAAUUAUGAGGACGUCGAGGUGCCCGGAACGCCGAAAACACCUAGAUCCUCCACUACUCCAGGUCACGAAAAGUGCACGUUCCAUCAUGAUCUAGAGCUGGACCACAGGCCGCCGACGAGGGAAGCGAUGCUUCCGGAGAUGUCCAGGUCGUACAAGCUGCUCUUGGGCUCCUUGGGCGAGAAUCCGGAGAGGCAAGGUCUCCUCAAGACGCCGGAAAGAGCGGCCAAAGCCAUGCUGUUCUUCACCAAAGGUUACGACCAGAGUUUAGAAGAGGUCCUCAACGAUGCGAUUUUCGACGAGGAUCACGACGAGAUGGUCGUCGUUAAGGACAUUGAGAUGUUCAGCAUGUGCGAACAUCAUCUGGUGCCGUUCUACGGGAAAGUCUCCAUCGGUUAUUUGCCGUGCGGAAAGAUCUUGGGUCUGAGCAAGUUGGCUCGCAUAGUCGAGAUAUAUUCGAGACGUCUUCAAGUUCAGGAGCGUCUUACCAAGCAGAUCGCGGUGGCCGUUACGAAAGCAGUUCAACCGGCGGGCGUUGCAGUCGUCGUCGAAGGAGUACACAUGUGCAUGGUGAUGAGGGGAGUGCAGAAGAUCAACAGCAAAACCGUUACGUCGACGAUGCUGGGCGUGUUCAGGGACGAUCCGAAGACCAGGGAAGAGUUCCUGAACCUCGUCCACUCCAAGUAAAUAAAACCACGGCCCAAAAAAAAAACGCAUCAUUCUCGACGUCUCCUAUAUUGUUGCCUAUUGUUAUACAUGUUGUGGUUAUUAUUUUAUUCUUAGUAUUAAGUGUGUAUAAUUUAUUUAUAUAUAUAUAUAUA